UCAUGGAUGCCGACGAAGUUGCCGCUCUUGUUAUUGACAAUGGCUCCGGUAUGUGCAAAGCCGGUUUCGCUGGCGAUGAUGCUCCACGCGCUGUUUUCCCUUCUAUUGUAGGCCGCCCUCGCCAUCAUGGUGUAAUGGUUGGCAUGGGUCAGAAAGAUUCAUACGUAGGGGAUGAAGCUCAAUCUAAACGUGGUAUUCUUACUCUUAAAUAUCCUAUUGAGCAUGGUAUUGUGACGAAUUGGGAUGACAUGGAAAAAAUUUGGCAUCAUACAUUUUACAACGAACUUCGUGUUGCUCCCGAGGAACAUCCUGUGCUCUUGACUGAAGCGCCUCUCAAUCCUAAAUCUAAUCGUGAGAAGAUGACUCAAAUCAUGUUUGAAACUUUUAAUGCGCCAGCUUUUUAUGUUGCAAUUCAAGCCGUUCUUUCAUUGUAUGCAUCUGGUCGUACCACUGGUAUUGUUCUUGACUCUGGUGAUGGUGUCACUCAUACUGUACCAAUCUAUGAAGGUUAUGCUCUUCCCCAUGCUAUUCUCCGUCUCGAUUUAGCUGGUCGUGAUUUGACCAACUACCUUAUGACGAUCCUUAUGGAACGUGGUUAUUCAUUCACGACCACUGCCGAACGUGAAAUUGUUCGUGAUAUUAAAGAAAAACUCUGUUAUGUUGCUUUGGAUUUUGAGCAAGAAAUGCAAACUGCUGCUCAAUCAUCUGCUUUGGAGAAAUCUUAUGAAUUGCCAGACGGUCAAGUUAUUACUAUUGGUAAUGAACG